UGACAUAAAGAUCUAUAUUCUUCCUCAUAUAUACGUCUUCUUUUGAUAUACGUUUUUUUUCGCGUUAAGGGAAUCGAAUUAUUUUCGUCGUAUUUUUCUUGCGUUUUUUUUCUGUCGCGUCUAGGUUUAGGGAUACAAUGCUUGAUUGAUAAUUGUUCGCGUAUUGCAUUAACUACGCGAUACACCGGCAUGAAUAGAUUAUCGAUUGACGCAAACAUGACUUUGCGUUUCACAAUGGAAGGCUAAUGUCCAAAAAUAGAAUAAAUCAAGACGUAGUAAUGCAAUAUAUUGAUAGAUAAACGAAAUUGCACACAGGAUAUAAUUUAGAUUUAAAACACCGAUAAGAUUUCCUAUAUAUUUGUAUCAAUAGUUGAUUCAAACUUUAUAAAAAAAUUACGCGAGUCGCAAUUUACAUUGAAAUUAUUCAUACAGAAUUUCGAUAACAUAUCACCUUAUAAUUGGGAGAUAAACUCUAUGCGUUUGUAUUAUACAAUUCGCUUCCGUGCUGCAAAAAGAUUCCUGUGGUGAAAUUCAUGGCAGUGUGACUAACGUUUUCGGUCAAGAGAAUUCUCGAAUGCGUGAUUCCGUGCGUCACACAUGACCGGAUUAUUACACGUUAUAUGAAUAUUAUACAAUAUAUUAGAUUAGUCCACGUAAUAAGCCUUUACGUGAUAAUGAUCAUCUAAUGGAGGACAAAAAAUGAUUAUAAGGCAAUAGCACAAACGUUCUUGACCUUACUUACUAUUCCGUUGAUUUUCAUCCAUAAGACUUACUUUAUUCAGGAAUAUAGCGAUAUUUAAGUUUAAGGAAAUAAUUACAACUCAUUGCAUUUAUAAUUAUAAAAAUCUGUUGAAAAAUCUUUGAACAACCUAUCAACUUUGCAAUUAUAAUUAAAUAAAGAACUUGUUAAUUUUCAGAAGCAUUGUAGUUAAAGCGUGACAAAUAGCGUCUGAUAAAUCCAAUACGUGAUUAAUCAUCGUUAAUUAUAUUACUUUUCAAAAUUGAUUCCGACAAUUUGUUCACAGUUGCCUCACGAAAGUUGAUCGAUGAACGGCUUGUUUCAAAGACGGGAGCUUGAAAGAGUCUGCCUAACGAGGCAAGCAACGACUCAACUUUCGGUCUCGUCUCAUACAAAUGGCUACUCUUUUCUUUUCAGAGUCGGUUUUCUCCACCGGGCGCCUCCAUUUUUAUUACCCUUGACACCGAUAUUUGGUUCAAAGCCUUUCAGCAGAAAACUCAAUCUAAUGGAAACAAAAAAUGAUUCUCGCUUAUUGACAGAAAUUUACGAUAUCUCGACAAUUGGUCAUUAAAUACACACACCUCGCUGCUUAAUAGCCUUCAUGGUUUUCGACAAUUUAAUCGACACAUGUAUACUUUGUGAACAUUAAUCGUUCACCUAAAUUGCAUCCGCAAUCCGUCGAUCUCUCUAAAGCUCACGAGGAAUAAAUGUCGUCACCUCUUGUUAUCGUCGCAUAACAACGUUGGUAGGCGAUGUAUUCCCCUAAAUCCGGUCACCAUCAUGUGGCGACACCGACUACGUACAUUCUACGAUGUCUCGUGGUUGUCACUAUGAUCUUCGCUGCGGCCACAUUUUUGCAUAUUAACAAUUACAGGCCCAAACAAACAUUCCUCUCCUGUGACAGACCGUGUCACCACUUGGAUUGGCCUAUGAUCUGCCGGGUGAAACUCACCUUAGAAGUCUUCCAAACGCUCAGCAAAUCAUGCGGUGACUGUCUAUUGAAUCAGACGGCAUGCUUGGCUAACCAUUGCAUUUCCGCGGAUGGACAGAGACGGGGUAUACUUACGGCCAAUCGUCAAAUGCCAGGACCCAGUAUUCAGGUUUGUGAAAACGAUAUCCUAGUGGUGGAUGUGAUAAAUCGUCUUCCUGGCAAAGCAGCAGCGGUACAUUGGCGUGGACAAACGCAAAUGGAGAUGCCUUACAUGGAUGGCGCACCAUUGGUCACGCAAUGUCCGAUACCAAGUUACACCACUUUCCAAUACAAAUUUCGCGCUUCCACACCGGGCACACAUCUCUGGCAUGCACAUGCAGGAGCCGACAUCACAAAUGGCAUUAUCGGAUCGUUGAUCGUGAGACAGGCGGACCUUCGGGAACCCCAUCGUGCCCUUUACGACAUCGACGAUCCUAAUCACGUGGUUCUGGUGACCCAGUGGCAACAUUCGCCGGAAGUAUCGUUUAAUCAGGGUCAUUCGAAACCGGCAAUUCUUUUAAUCAAUGGACGAGGUCGGCAGCCCAGCGGACCCGCGACUCCUCUGAGCACAUUCACGGUCAUUCCAGGACGACGUCACAGAUUUCGCGUCGCUAAUGCCGGAGGUGCCGGUGCAUGCCCGGUGACGCUUUCCGUCGACAGCCAUCCGCUUUUCCUGAUCGCGCUCGACGGACAUCCUAUAGAGUCGCGACACGUCACUUCGAUUACUCUGGCCAAAGGUGAAAGGGCGGACUUUGUCCUCAAAGCGAGCAAACGCAUCGGUUCCUACUGGAUGAACGUUCAUACAACGAAGGAAUGUGGAACGAGCGCGAUAAAUGGCGCGGCGAUACUCAACUAUAAAGGCAAUUCGGAAAAUCCUGCAGCAAUGGCGGAAGUUAUCGAUCAACGCGAUAUCCACGAGAUAGGAUCGGACCGGCUGGCCGUGACGACAAAUCCCGCCCAGAAAUGCGGCGAUCGAGAGAAUUUGUGCGCCAUGGAUAUUCAAAAUAUUCGCAAAAUGCCGCAGAUACUGACUAAUCCCAAGACGGAUGUGACACUGUACCUGCCGAUUAACUACAAGAUGCAAGCGACGGAACUGAUAGGUAACGGCGGGACGGAGACGCGAGUGUUGAACGUGGACAACGCCACUUUCACGUUUCCGUCGUCACCGCUAUUGACACAAGGUGGGGAUGUGUCCCCGGGGAUGCUGUGCACUAACAGCGACGGCAACGAGGACGAUCUCAAUGAGGGCAACGAGACCGUAUCGCGACGACGGUGCCGUCCGGUCGGCGAUGUUGGCGCGGGCGACAUAUGCGAGUGCGUGCACGUGCGUCACGUGCCGCUCGGGGCCACCGUCGAGAUUAUUCUCUUGGACCAGGGUGGUCUGAAUGAUCUAGUUUAUCACCUACACGGCUAUAGUUUUUACGUGGUGGGAGCCAAGCAAUUUGGGCGAAGUAUGUCACUGCAAGAGGUGAAAAAACUCGAUGAGAGGGGGCAGCUAUUCUCGCGGAAUCUCGAUUGCGCGUUAUCCAAGGAUACCGUCAUCGUGCCCAAGUUCGGUGCCGUAGCGCUGCGGUUUAAAGCCGAUAAUCCAGGUUAUUGGAUGUUGCGGGAUGAGCAUGCGACCGAUUGGACACGUGGUUUAGAUGUUAUCCUGCAAGUCGGAGAACCUAGCGACAUGGUGACCGCGCCACAAGACUUUCCUAAAUGUGGAUCCUUUGUCGGACCUGAUUACUUCCUCAUAUAGACUGUUUAAACGUUAAAUUGUAUAUAAUUGUAUAUAAUGAUAGCCGGACAAGAACCUACAGUCGCUUUUAGAUAAAUUUUACGAAUUUUUAUGAAUAAAAUAUCCAUUUACGUUCGCUA